AUGGGGGGCGGAGCCGCAUUCCCGACGACUUCUCUUCCGAAAUACAUUUUUCCCGCCUUGCCUGCUUUGAUUUCUGGCGGCGUUCGGUUCGGACUUCAAAGGCCGCCCGCCGACAUUGUUGCGAUUGGGAGGGCCGUCGAUGCAAAGUCGCCGCCGACGCCACAGCGGGUGGGUGUGAACAAGGCGUUUUGGAAAGUUCUCAAAAUUGAUAGUCGAGUGUUUUUGCGAGUUUAA